GCAGUGCUAAAGCACUUGGAUAGCUUUGAUGAAAAACUUCAACGUACUGACCAAAUCAAACGCCAAAUCCUCAAUAUUCGGGGAGACGAACCCCAGAAUUGUGUUGACUUUGAAACAAACAAAUUCGAGAAGACCACUGACUUGCCGCCGGAGCAGAUGGCAACGAGUUAUAUCAAGGAAGAAGAGAAGCGUAAUCACAUAAUCGCUGAGCAACUGGAACGUCGAUCGCAGCUGGAGAAACGCUUGGCAACACAAAUUAAACAACUGCAUGAAGAGAAGGAGACCAUUAUCGCAAAUCGAAAACUUCGCGAAAAUCAACUGAAGCAGCAAAGAGAAGAAAACUUUAAAUUAAUCAUGGAGCGCGAACAGCAAAUGGCCGAACGACUAUGGCAGCGAACUGGUGAAUGGGAAUGGAAACGCAGAGUUAUAGUCGCCAUCCUCACGGAACUUCAACACAGUUGCUCGGUCGCCUGCAUCAACGACGGUGCGCUUAACGUUAUUGCUCGGAAAACAGCAAACCGACGGGAUCAGUCGCCCCUCUCAGGGCAUACAGAUAGCCAGACUACAACGGCUCUAUGA